AUGGAACCAAUUCUUCCAACUCCUAUAGCUCCAAAACUUGGUACAAUGAGUACAUCUACUACUAUAUCAGGAAAACGACGGAUCAUGUACCCAGAUGAGAUCAGUCCUCAUGCUCUCGAUCGUCUUGGUGUGAAUUAUGACAUUGUGAAAAAGGAAAAAGGAAUGAAAAAACUUGGUAUUUGUGACAGUGAUCUCAUUGAGAGCGAAGAAUUACGAAAAUACACUGGUGUAUCACAGAUACAACCUACUAGUAAAGUUGAGUUGAUGUUUGGCUUUAAUGACGAGCAAUUGCAGCGAGAGCGAGCUAUUAAGCGCUUGGGUACAUCAGAGCAAGAAAUUACGGAAGAUUAUCGUCGUCGUAUUGCUCGUUUAGGUAUGCCAUUGGUACAUUUAACAUGA